CGCUCGGCGACUGCUCGGGACGGCGCUAUGGAGUCCAGUGGCUGCCGCGCGGAGGCCCCGGGUCGCGGCCCGCGGGUGCUGGUGGUGGGAGGUGGCAUCGCGGGGCUGGGGGCGGCGCAGAGGCUCUGCCGCCACCCGGCCUUCCCGCAGCUACGGAUCCUGGAGGCCACGGCCCGCGCCGGCGGCCGCAUCUGCUCGGAGCGCAGCUUCGGUGGCGUGGUAGAGCUCGGUGCUCACUGGAUCCACGGGCCCUCCCAGGGCAACCCCGUCUUCCAGCUGGCUGCCAAGUACCAGCUGCUAGAGGAAAAGGACUUGUCAGAGGAGAACCAGCUGAUUGAGACUGGGGGUCACGUGGGCUUGCCCUCUGUGACCUACACGAGCUCUGGGGUAAGUGUGAGCCACGAGCUGGUGGUGGAGAUGGCUGGUCUGUUCUAUGGUCUCAUAGACCAGACGCGGGAGUUCCUGCACCAGGCAGACGCCCCAGUGCCCAGCGUCGGGGAGUACCUUAAGAAGGAGAUCAGUCGGCACGCAGCUGGCUGGCUGGAGGAUGAGGGGACCAGGAAGCUCAAGCUGGCCAUCCUCAACAGCUUCUUCAACGUGGAGUGCUGUGUGAGCGGCACCCACAGCAUGGACCUGGUGGCUCUCACACCCUUCGGGGAAUACACCGUGCUCCCCGGGCUGGACUGCACCUUUCCUGGGGGCUACCAGGGGCUCACGAACCGCAUAAUGGCCUCCUUGCCCGAGGACGUGAUAGUUUUUAACAAGCCCGUGAAGACCAUUCACUGGAAUGGGUCCUUCCGGGAAGCCUCCUCUCCGGGGGAGACGUUUCCGGUGUUGGUGGAGUGUGAGGAUGGAGGCCGCUUCCCCGCGCAUCAUGUCAUUGUCACUGUGCCCUUAGGUUUUCUUAAAGAACAUCUGGACACCUUUUUUGAGCCACCACUGCCCACCCAGAAGGCAGAAGCGAUCAGGAAAAUGGGCUUUGGGACCAACAAUAAAAUCUUCCUGGAGUUUGAGGAGCCCUUCUGGGAGCCCGGCUGCCGGUUCAUCCAGGUGGUGUGGGAAGACGCGUCCCCCCUGCACGGUGGCGCCUCUGAGCUCCGGCACAUCUGGUUCAAGAAGCUUAUUGGCUUCUUCGUCCUGCCUGCCUUCAAGUCUGCCCACGUCCUCUGCGGGUUCAUCGCUGGGCUGGAGUCUGAGUUUAUGGAGACCCUGUCCGACGAGGAAAUCCUUCUGUCUCUGACCCAAGUACUUCGCAGGGUGACAGGAAACGCCGCGCUCCCCGCGCCCAGGAGCCUGCUGCGCUCGCGCUGGCACAGCGCCCCGUACACCAGGGGUUCCUACAGCUACGUGGCGGUGGGCAGCUCCGGGGCUGACGUGGACCUGCUGGCACAGCCCCUGCCUGUGGAUGGCGCAGAGACGCAGCUCCAGGUCCUGUUUGCAGGGGAAGCCACACAUCGGGCAUUUUACUCUACCACGCACGGGGCUCUGCUGUCUGGCUGGAGGGAGGCCGACCGGCUCAUCGCUCUGUGGGACCCCCAAGGACGGCUGCCUGGGCCCCGGCUCUGAGCUCUGCUCCUUCCAUUCUGAGCCGGGCUCUGCCCCUCCUGUGCUGGGGGAGGCUGGCACCAACCUUUCCUCUGACAGUGUCUGGCCUGGCUCGAGAUUUGGGGAUGUUAAUGACAGCCUUCUUUUUUUUGGUGACUGGGGGAAGCUCUCAUUUAUCACGGAGUCUGGGCAGGGCCGAGCUUGAGCUGAGCGCAGGGUCUUCCUGGAGAAGUGUGACGCAGGGCACCGCCGCCGCCGCUGAGGGUGUGCACAUAAAGUGUGUCAGAGCC